ACUUUGUAGGGACGUCCGUCCAACUCUCUCUUUAUGCAUGUGAUUUCAACCACUCCCUUUUCUCGUACGCGCUUCUAAACUUAUACCCUCUUUCGAUUGAGCAUCAGCCCGGGCCUAUAAAGAGCUGCCAUUUCUUGUAUUCAGGACACUCACAAUUCAGAAACAUUCUGAUCAUCAUGGCUACUCACAAAGUUCUGAGUUUUGUCUUCUUUGUUUUGCUGGGCAUAGCAAUAUGUUGUGAAUGCCGAUCACUCCUCACUUUUGAAGGAGGUGGCUACAAUGAGGGCCCAGGUGGUGUCACGGUAGGGGUUGGCUCUGACCAUGGUACUGGGGCUGGCGGAGGAGGCGGUUAUGGCAGUGGUGGUGGUGUAGGAGGUGGAGGUGGUUAUGGUGGAGGAGGUGAAGCUGGUGGAGGCUAUGGGAAAGGAGGCGGUGCAGGAGCAGGGGGUGGUUAUGGUGGAGGAGGUGAAGGUGGAGGAGGCUAUGGAAAGGGUGGCGGUGCAGGUGCUGGAGGAGGUGAAGCUGGUGGAGGCUAUGGGAAAGGAGGCGGUGCAGGAGCAGGGGGUGGUUACGGUGGAGGAGACGAGGGAGGAGGAGGCUAUGGAAAGGGUGGCAGUGCAGGAGCUGGAGGAGGUGAAGCUGGUGGAGGCUAUGGGAAAGGAGGCGGUGCAGGAGCAGGGGGUGGUUAUGGUGGAGGGGGUGAAGGUGAAGGAGGCAAUGGAAAGGGUGGCGGUGCUGGAGCUGGAGGCGGUGAGGGUGGUGGAGGCUAUGGGAAGGGCGGUGGUGUAGGUGGUGGAGGUGGAUAUGGUGGUGGAGCAGGUGGUGGUUAUGCUGGAGGGGGUGAGCAUGGAGGAGGUUAUGGUGGAGGAGAAGGAGGUGGUAAGGGGGGUGGUUAUGGUGGAGGUGAAGGAGGUGAAGGAGGUGAAGGAGGUGGUAAUGGUGGUGGUUACGGAGCUGGAGGUGGACAUGGUGGAGGUGCUGGAGAAGGUUAUGGUGGAGGAGAAGCUAAUGGAGGUGGAUAUGGCAGCGGUGGAGGAGCAGGUGGUGGACACGGAGGUGGCUAUGGAGGUGGUGCUGGUGGUGGUUCAGGCUAUGGUGGUGGUGGUGGUUAUGCACCUUGAGAACCCAUGCAUGCAAUUUAAAUCUAAGUUUACGUGGCAAACUUACCAAUAAUAUGUACUAGUAUCUUAUAAGCGUAUCAUUAUCUGUUUUCUCUUUUUCCUCUUUAAUUCAGAUUUCAUGGAUUUUCAAUUCUUAAGAGUGAAGAGUUACUAUAGUCAGUCAGCUCUACUGAACUUAAUAUUUAGUGUUUGUUCAAGGC